AUGCAUCAGACGGGAAGUCCAGCGGAUGCGCCCGACCUUCUCCGGGGCUCGACACCGCUACACUGGGCAUCUUUCGGGGGGCACCUGGACGUGGUUCGGUGGCUCGUCAAAACAGCGGGGGCGGACGCGCAGGCUGCCAACACGGACGGGUGCACUCCUCUCUUCUUCGCGUGCGAGAGGGGCCACCUGGGCGUCGCGCAAUGGCUCGUCAGGGAAGCGGGAGCGGAGUGGCUCGUCGGGCAGGCUGACGCAGAGGGGUGUGGUGUGUGUGUGUGA